UCAGGUUCUUGUUUGUUUCUCAGCAAGCGUCAGCUCACCUCUGAAUCCCUUUGCAACAUGCCACCAAAGAAGAUUGAACCAAAGAAACCUGAGCCCAAAAAGCCAGAGCCUAAGAAAGAUGCAGCCCCAGCUGCUAAGCCAGCUCCACCUCCAGAGCCACAGCCUGAGCCACCCAAGGAGCCUGAGUUUGACCCCAAAAGUGUCACUGUUGAGUUCACCGCUGACCAGAUUGAAGAGUUCAAGGAAGCCUUUACCUUGUUUGACCGCACACCAACUGGAGAAAUGAAGAUUACAUAUGCCCAGUGUGGGGAUGUCAUGCGAGCUCUGGGCCAGAAUCCAACUAAUGCAGAUGUGCUGAAAGUGCUUGGUAAACCACGGCCAGAGGACAUGAGUACUAAAAUGGUGGACUUUGAGACCUUCUUGCCAAUGCUGCAACACAUCUCCCGUGCAAAAGAUCAAGGCAACUUUGAGGAUUUUGUGGAAGGGCUCAGGGUUUUUGACAAGGAAGGCAAUGGCACCAUCAUGGGAGCAGAACUACGUCAUGUGCUGGCAACACUGGGAGAGAGGAUGACAGAAGAUGAAGUGGAUAGACUGAUGGCUGGACAAGAAGAUGCCAAUGGAUGUAUCAAUUAUGCCUCCUUUGUAAAGCACAUUCUCUCUGGGUAAAAAGUGGACAUUUAAUCAAAAAGACUUAAUUUUACAUAAUUUCUUUCACUUAAUAUUUGACCAGUUAAAGGUGAUGUUGUCAUUCACUCUGUGACAUGUUACAUGUUAAUACAGUGAAAUCCAAGUAAGAGAAUGAGGACUUCCAUAAAGAAAGAUCAAUGAAUAAAGGAAAUAUGACUACAA